AGAGCACAGGAAGUAUCGUUACCUUAAAAAGGAAUUGUUGACAACUCCAGCUAGCGUUUGCUGGUGGGAUAAAGUCACUGUUUCUAUUGUUUUUACUGAGCUAGUAGGUCAGAAUGAGUUCUCCACAAGACAAGCACGGAACGAAACGACCUGCGUCUCCAACAGAAGACGGAUCGACUCAGUGGGCGACUGCAGAUCUAGGAAGUGAUGAGAGAAAGCAAAAGUUUUUACGGUUGAUGGGGGCCACCAAGAAAGAACACACCGGUCGUCUGGUCAUCGGUGACCACAAGUCGACGUCACACUUCCGCACUGGGCAGGAAGAUAGGAGGAUGAACGAGGAGCUGGAGAUGCAGUACCAGCAGAGCAUGGUGGGGAGACUGUCAGGCCGGGACCGGAGACACUGCGGACUGGGUUUCAGCGAGCCGGACCCGCAGCCUGAGCCGGUGGUCUCCCCGCCUGCAGAUGGUCAGACAGAAGAUGCUAAAUCAGAGAAGCCCUCCGGUGAAAACCAGAACACAGAAACUCAGGAUAAAGAUUCCAGCCCAAAGGAGAAAACGUCUGAACGGGCCGAGCCUGACUCAGGCCACACAGCGGAACGGAAACCAAACAACAAAAUGGGUUUUGUGAAAUCAGCGUAGGAUGAAGGAGGAGUUAGCUUUUCUAUUCUCAGACUGGGUCAGUUUGAUGCUUUUUUUUUUUUUUUGUCGGACUUUAGAAAAUCACAAGUUCUGCCAUAUUCAUCAUAAACCAAUGGAUAAAUACGGGAGGCAUCAUGGGUGCAUGAUCUCAGAGGAUUGCAUUAAAUGCUUGGAAA